GGCAGUGGCAGCCACACACACUACAGCUGUCCUCAGGGAGCGCAGAGCACAGAGCUUCAGCUACACACGUGUUUGUUGAGGUUUACAGUAAGAGGAACACAAUGGGGAGGGUCGGCCUACAAACUCUAAUAACAUGUCUGCUGUUGUGCUGUGCAACACCUAUAAAGCCAACGUCCAAAGACAUCACAUCUUCCUCAGUGACCAGCACUGAGGAUGUCACUUCGGGAACAAAAGAUAGCUCAACCUCCUCUUCCCAAGACCCUAGCACCAGCAUCACCACUCCUAGCUCAACCAUCAUUAUACAAACCGACAGCACCGCCGACACCACCCAAUCCACCAGUAUGACCCCUGGCACUACACAAAGUGAGACUUCCGGCAUGACUAACUUCAACAGGAUUCCCACCACCACUGCACAAAACAACACCACCACCAAUAACGAAAUAAGCAGUCCAACCGGGACUACCCAAUCAAUCAGUACAACCAUUCCUAGUACAACCUCAAGUAUUACGCAAACCAACAGCCCCACUGACACCACCCAAAAGAUCCCCACCACCAGUCACAUCACCACUAGGACAACUCAAUCUUCCAGCACAACCCAUACCAGCAUGACAUCAAGCACAACACAAACCAACAGCCCUUCAGUAACCACUCAAAAGAUCACCACCACCAGGACAACCACCACCAGUCCCAUCACCACUAGGACAACCACCACCAGUCCCAUCACCACUAGGACUACCACCACCAGUCCCAUCACCACUAGGACAACCACCACCAAGACAACCCAAACAGUCACACUGGAACAAGAUGGACACAAGUCAGAGGGACUGAGCUCAGGAAGUGUUGCAGCCAUUUUUAUUAUUUUCAUCGCAAUCGUCGUCUUAGUGAUGGCUGGGAUUUACUACGUCAAGAUCCGGCGUAGAUCCUACGGACCUCUUCUGGACAACAGCAACAGUGCAUUAGAACACUUCAACAACCCCAUGUAUGAUCCUUAAGACUGAACUUUGGACUUUAAACUUUAGAAGUGACCCCCUUAACCCAAACUCCUCAGUAUGAUCACAGUGUGUUUAUAGUGUGCGUGUUGGUGUGUUUGAAAUGAGUUCUGGGCAGACACGUUUUAAAAGUGUGGCUAGAAGGCAUUGUGGCUGGUAAGCAGGGACAUUUUUAGGCAACAUACUAAUGCUGCUCAUGUUAGUUUAAAUGGCAACAAUAACCCUGGAUGAAGACGUAUUUGUGGGAAGUGUCUGAGAUUUCAAUCAUUAGUUUAAACUAUGUGUGCUUCUCAUAUGUUAAUUUGAAGAAGUAGAUGGUGUAGAGGAGCAGAGAAAGAUUCUGGUCUUAAACAGGAGACCCUUGCUUUUCAUUCUGCCAAAGUGUCCUUGAGCAUAACACUGAUUCCUCUCCUGCUCCCCUCCCGUGGAGGAACCAAAUGAACACAUUUAUACAACAAUUAUUUUAUUAAGAAAGAGGAGUUCAUUAAGAAACAUCCCAGAAGUGUGUCCUUAAUGUGGAUCAUGCAGGGAACUGAGCGUCUCUCAUACCUGAUCCACUUUGAUCCAGUAUUCAUCAAUGAGUGUUUUGUUGAAUAUUAUUAGUGUGAAGCUUAUUAAUGUUUAUUAAAAUUAACACUUUUCUAGUGUUGUUUUGGCUCCCUCAGUAUCUAA